AUGGAAAGGAAGGGGGUGCUUAAAAAGGAAGAUGCGGUAGAGGUGAACCCGGGACAAGAAGAGGGGGUGCAGGACUUCGCCGUCUCCCCCAGCAGAAACAGGGUGCUGUACCGCCACCGGGACUCGCUGUUGCCCCUGAAAUGGAAAGUUGCACACACCUCCCGCUGGAAGGCACAGGUGCUCGCCUCGGUGCUCAGCCUCAUCGCCUUUUCCCUGAUGCUGAUCAUGGCCUUCUCCAAAGCGUGGCUGUACCCCUCCACCAUCCGCUUCUUCAAGCGCUGGCCUGCGGAUGUCACAGAGCACAUCUACAAAUCUACCCACGUCAUGUCCCGGGGGCUCCUGCAGAUCUGCAUCUUCCAGACCUGCUUCUCCUCAAGGGAUGUGGAAGUUGCCUUACUUUUCUCCGGCCUCCUGUUGUUUCCGAUUGAUGUCUGGCUCUACGAGGUGGAGAAGAAUUUUUCAAUCCACAUCGGGUGGAGCUAUUUUAUUGGCUGGGUGGUGUUUAUCUUAUAUCUCAUCUGUGCGUUCCUCUGCUACUUCAACAAUAAAAGGUUCUGGAGUCUGAUUCUGAGCAGCGCGUCUUCCACCCUGUCCUUCAGCAGCAGCAGCAGUAGCACCCUGUACACGGACGGGCAAAUACCUCUCAAGAAUUAA